GGUGGGAGUAGCGAUUCAGGUAGUGAAUACGAUAGCCGGGUGCCCAUGUCCGUAUCUGCAUCAUCUAACAGUAUACUACUAACGGCAAUUACAAUCGCUAUUCAACUGCGUGGAAAACUGUACCUAAAUCACAGCCCCGUCUGGGUACACGGAGAAGAAUUGGGGCUAAUCUACCACCCCAUAACGAUACCGGACUGCGCAUCCCUGACAUGGGUGACGCUGGCUGGAUCAACAGCUUUUAUUCCCUUCAAUACGACCGCAUGAACGUAUUCUGUAAGUAGCACAACGACCACGAGAGCCGAGAGUUCGUUGAGCAGAGAGAGGACCGUGAACGAUGGAUAUGUGAGAAAGGACGGUAUCGAUGGAGAUGUCUCCUGCAGAGUCAACGUCGUAAGCGAUGGUAGCAUAGGCCAUCGUCACAUUGAUGCUCC